CGACAGACGAGCGCUAGCCAGUGCGCUGCCCGUCACGUCCGCGCCUCUCGCAGCCGAAGCCCGACUCUCGACUCUCGCUCCGCUCCCGCCCGCCGGCCGCCCGCUACCUCCGGCGAGACACGAUGACCGCCUCCAUAUGGUCGCGCUACGAAGCGCUGCACUUGGCACGUCACAGCAGGCAGUUACUGAAACCUGCCGAAGUAUCUGUUUCAAAUUGGUCUCCACUGAAGAAAGUACUCUUUAAUACAUCAAAGGAGAUGCCGUGUCCAUUUAUGACCCGUCUGUCACCAUCUUAUAUCUGUAACUAUGGUACUGCACUUCUCAAAACUUAUGGACAAUAUUGCCCCAUAAUGUCUCGUCUCACAAGCACACUUACAUCUGCUGACUCAAAUGAAGAAGCAAUUGAUGCAGUAAAGAAGUGCCCAUUUCUUGCUGGGGUCACCCCAUUGGUGAAAGAAGCUAGCAAGGAGAUGCAAGAUGACAUAAUAGAUCUCUCGCCACCUGCUGAGAAAGUGCCAAGGCUUAUUGGUCCAACUCAGGUUGAAACUAUGCAACAUUCUCCAAAGAUGAAGGAUUCUGUUGAAACAACUAGGCCUAAAGGAGAAUCGUUCCCAUAUGAAGAUUUUUUCCAUGAGCAGAUUAUGCGGAAGAAACGGGACCAUUCCUACCGUGUGUUUAAAAAAGUUAAUAGACUUGCAGCUGAUUUUCCAGCAGCUCUUGAGUAUAGCUGGGGAGAACGCCCUAUCACUGUUUGGUGUUCUAAUGAUUAUUUGGGUAUGUCAUGCCAUCCUGAAGUGAAGAAUGCUGUGAGGCAAGCUCUUGAUAAUUAUGGUGCUGGGGCUGGAGGAACCCGAAACAUCUCAGGAAAUUCUGUCUUCCAUGAAAAACUUGAAGCUGAGUUAGCAGAUUUACACCAUAAAGAUGCUGCUCUUCUUUUCACUUCAUGUUUUGUUGCUAAUGAUUCAACACUGUUCACCCUUGCAAAAGCUCUUCCAGGUUGUCAUAUAUUUUCUGACGCUGGCAAUCAUGCGUCAAUGAUUCAAGGAAUUAGAAAUAGCCAAGUACCCAAACAUAUUUUUCGACAUAAUGAUGUGAACCAUUUGGAAGAAAUGCUAUCCAGAGUGGAUAAUAAUAUUCCAAAAAUUGUUGCAUUUGAAACGGUUCAUUCCAUGACGGGUGCUGUAUGUCCACUUGAAGAGAUGUGUAAAGUUGCGCACAAAUAUGGGGCUCUUACAUUUGUGGAUGAAGUUCAUGCAGUUGGAUUGUAUGGAGAUCAUGGUGCAGGCAUUGGAGAACGAGAUGGUCAACUUCAUAAUAUGGAUAUCAUUUCUGGCACACUGGGUAAAGCAUUUGGAAAUGUUGGAGGAUAUAUAGCUAGUACGACAAAGCUGGUGGAUAUGAUUCGCAGUUAUGCUGCAGGAUUUAUUUUUACAACCUCAUUGCCACCUACUGUUCUCUCAGGAGCCUUAAAAUCUGUCCAAAUAUUAAGAUCAAGUGAAGGUCAAAAUCUUCGGAAAACACAUCAAGAAAAUGUGAGGUAUUUGCGUCAAAAGCUACUAGAUGCUGGCUUACCAGUUGAGAAGACACCAUCACAUAUCAUUCCCAUAAAGAUUGGAAAUCCUCUGCACUGUUCUCAAAUCUCAGAUAUGUUACUAAGAACUCAUGGCCAUUACAUACAAAGCAUUAACUAUCCUACAGUACCUGUAGGAGAAGAGAAGUUACGUCUCGCCCCCACGCCGCAUCACACAAAACCAAUGAUGAAUAAACUUGUAAACGACAUGCUCGAUUCUUUACUCCUUAUUAAGGCAUAUGAAUUUGGUGAAUGCAUGUCAUACAACAUUUGUAAUAAAAAUAAAUACUUGGAAGUUAUAUUUUUAAUGAAAAAACAUACUUUUUUUUCAAUCAUCAGGCUCAGCAUCAAUUAUUUAUUCUUGUGUGGACAAGAUUAUCUCAGUCUGGUAUUGGUGUGUGGUGGCACUCCAACAUGGCAUUCAGCAGCAUUGCUUCAACAAUCAUGUGAAUCUACAAGAUGUAGUAUAGAUAUUCUUAACCGCAUACGUAUAAAUGUAAAAUAAAAAUGUAAAUUAAAUAGCUAAGCUAUCAUGAAAUCAAUGUUUUUAUUCCACAUACAAUUAAACCCUUGAAGUCCAGUUACUCGGAGUUAAACUGAUUUGGACUGUUCAUAUAAGUAUAAAAGUUCAGAAAGUUCAAUGUCAUAUUAUGCAAACAAAAAUUACUCAUUAAAAACAAUUUACCAGUUUAUGUCUUAAAAAACUAACUAUUGAAGAAUCAAUUGCAUUAAUAAUAAAAUCUUAAUUUUCAAUCAUGGUGUAGAGUAGGUUUGGAAACGUUUGAGCACAAUUUGUGCAAUGUUUGUAAAUUCAUAAAGGUUGCAAUGAAAAUGAACUUUUUACCAUUUUAUUAGAGCACUGUUCUCUAUUCAAGCAAAACAUAUAAAGAUAGACUUGCAGCUGUUUAUUAGAAAAUGUUUAAAAUGUAUGAGCUUCAUGACAAAUACCUCGAAACUGAAAUAUCCAUUUCAAAUUCGCAGAGCCUUGUGGGGGAGAAUAAGGACAAAAAAAUCAAUUUUUAAUUUUUAUUCCCAUAGUAUUCCCUAAACCAUAAGGUGUUUAGUGCAAUGCUGGAAUUUUGUGCCAAUCAGGUUGAGGAAAGACCUAAAUUUAAAUUACAUUCCAGCACAGCAUCAAAAUGUAAACUUGAUGAAGGUAUGUGAAAUGAAGAUGGAGAAGAGAAUAUUGGCAAUGGUUUUAGAAUAAUAGAAUUUUGUAAAUCUAUUCUUAGUAAAUAUUGUUAUUGUGUAAAGAACAAUAAAGAAACUAUAUUUAGGGAAUAAUGGUAAAAGAAUAAAAUACAAGUUUUGAUGAAGGGAACUCUCCAGGAAUGAUUAAUGAAGAAACGACUCUUCAUUCCCAUGCAAUUACAGUAAAACUUCACUAAUACGUUUUUCAGGGGACUGAAGGGAGAAAAAUGAAUAAGUGAGAAAAACACCCCUGAAAUUUAUUAUUAUGAG